AUGAAAGCACCUUUACCUCAGGGUGCAGGUUAUGCCAUUGUGGUGGGUCUUGGACUUGCCUUUGCUGUUGGUAUGAUCCUAACUACCUUUAUCCUUAGACGGUACCAAAAGGAAAUCAUAACAUCUGAGGAAUUUUCUACCGCUGGUAGAUCUGUUGGUACAGGUUUGAUUGCGGCGGCUGUCGUGUCUUCUUGGACUUGGGCUGCAACUUUAUUAACGUCUUCUACUCAAGCUAAUGAGAAAGGAGUCUUUGGCGCUUAUGCAUAUGCUUCUGGUGCAUGCUGCCAAAUCAUUUUAUUUGCUUUCUUAGCAAUCAAGGCUAAACAGCUCGCCCCAGAGUGUCAUACUUACUUGGAGAUCAUUCGUGCGAGAUACGGAGGUUGUGUUCAUGGCGUUUUUAUCUUUUUUGCCAUUGCAACCAAUAUCUUAGUCACAGCCAUGUUGCUCACUGGAGGCUCUGCCGCCAUUUCUGAUUUAACUGGAAUGAAUACAGUUGCCUGCAUUUUUUUGCUUCCUAUUGGUGUGAUGGUUUAUACCUUAUUUGGUGGAAUCAAGGCAACAUUCUUGACAGAUUAUGUCCAUACUGUUGCAAUUAUAGUUAUCAUUUUAACAUUUGCUUUCGAGGCCUAUGCUACUUCUGAUAAAUUGGGUUCUCCGGGAAAGGUCUGGGAACUUGUUGUGGAAGCUGGUAAGCGUCAUCCAGUUGAAGGUAAUGCUGAGGGAUCAUACCUCACCAUGCAUUCUCGUUCAGCUGGUAUAUUCUUUGUCAUUAAUAUUGUGGGAAACUUCGGUACUGUGUUUUUGGAUAAUGGCUAUUGGAAUAAGGCAAUUGCUUCUUCACCGGUUGCCGCACUUCCAGGAUAUGUUCUUGGUGGACUUUCCUGGUUUGCAAUUCCUUGGCUUACUGCAACUACCAUGGGAUUUGUUUGCUUAUCUUUGGAAACUAAUCCUUCUUUUCCAACAUACCCAAACUUACUUUCUUCAGAGGAAGUUUCUGCAGGUUUAGUCUUACCAUCUGCAGCUGUUGCAAUGAUGGGCAAAGGUGGAGCAGUUGCUACUUUGUUCAUGGUUUUCAUGGCCGUGACAUCUGCUAUGUCCGCUGAAUUAAUUGCAGUGUCAUCUAUUUGCUCCUAUGAUAUUUACAAGGGUUAUGUGAAUCCUCAUGCAAAAGGUAAAUCGAUUAUCUUUACAUCCCACGCUACAGUCAUUGCCUUUUCUGUCAUUAUGUCCGGAUUUGCAACUGGAUUGUACUACGCAGGAAUUUCUAUGGGCUACUUGUACGAGCUUAUGGGAAUUAUAAUAUCAGCUGCUGUUGUUCCAGCAUCACUGACUUUGUUGUGGAAGCAGCAGAACGGUAUUGCAGCCGCAGUUUCUCCAAUAUUAGGAACAAUAUUAUCUAUAAUGUCCUGGCUUGUCUGUACUCAUUCUAUGUAUGGAAAAAUUACAGUGGAUAAUACUUUUGAAGAUGAUCCAAUGCUAGUUGGUAAUGUCGUGGCAUUACUCUCUCCUGCCAUUAUCUCGCCAAUUCUUACGUACGUAUUCAAGCCUCAAAACUUUGACUGGGAGGUUUUGAAGACCAUCAAGAGAGUUGACGAGACCGAGGAAAUUGAAGAUGUUGUUGACGAUAGCAGCAGUGAUAUUGAAAACCAGGAUGCUGGUACUCCACAAGGAGAGGAGAAAAUUGUGCCAGCAACAUCUAAGGUUCAAAGCUUGAUUCAAACAAUGAGCACAAGUGGCAAGGAACUACUUAAGGCACAGGAGGAAGAAGAAUUACUUAGAAAGGCAUCAAAGAAAGCUGGCUAUCUUUGUCUUUUCCUUUCUAUCGCGUUAUUAGUUGUUUGGCCAAUGCCAAUGUACGGAAGCAAGUAUGUGUUUUCUAAGAAGUUUUUUACUGGCUGGGUUGUGGUUGGUAUGAUAUGGAUCUUCUUUUCUGCCUUCAAUGUGAUCAUUUUCCCAUUGAUACAGGGAAGGCAUGGAAUAUACACUUCAUUACGUGGAGUGUAUUGGGAUCUCACUGGCCAGACACACAAACUACGUGAAUGGCAGAACAGUAAUCCAGAAGAACUUCAUGUUGUGCAGAGCCAGGUCUCUGCAGCAGCUCGUAGAAAUGUUGCUAUGGGAGGUGACAAUUUGGAAGAUCUGGAUGAAAUAUUAAAAUGA